GAGGAACAAUCCCUGUUGAACAUCAACAUGGCCAGCAAGGUUCUCGCUUUCUCCGCUUUGGUUGCUUCCGCUUCCGCGUUUGCCCCCGGCGCCUCCGUGCAGCCCCGCCUCCGCUCCGGAGCCACCUCCGUCAGCAUGACCAUGGACAAGUCCAACCGUGCUCCCGUCGUCACUGUCUUCGACCACAGGGGAUGCCAGCGCGGAAAGAGGAACACCGAGUACCAGGGCCUUCCCGCUAACUCCCAGGACGACGAGAUGCUCGUCAAGGUCGCCAUGCAGAAGGUUGCCAUCAACGAGGCCGCUGCCACCGACUUGGUCCAGCAGCUCCUCGGAACUUUGAAGAAGUAAAUAUCUCUUGUAUGUUGUAUCACAUAGCAUUAAAACUACAAAAAUA